GACCUCUGACUGACUCGUGCAAAUGAAUGCACUGCACUCAUUCUUGGACGUGUCGUCACCCAUCCAUAAAGAGCACCACACACAGAUAAGAUAACACUUACAGGCAGAUGUCCCAAAACUGUCCCCUCCCCUGACCUGACCCACCUCUCUGUGCAUUGCAAUGUGCGGAGAUGCAGCUCUCGCGUGCGCUCUCUCUCUCCCCUCAUCGCUCUGCGAUCUCAUGAGAGAAAAAAUCCUACACACUGAGCGCGGCACACACAUGCAGGGUGACCGGCAGGCAGGCUGGCUCCUCUCCCAUGUGAAUAAUAAAGGUGCACACGUAAGAUGCGAUGGCCGCCAGCCAGCCAGCCGAUCGGAAGCGAUAGCGGUAGCAAGCAAACAUGCACACAGAACACGGGACAUCUGGGUAUGUAUGUGUGUGUCGGUCGUCGUACUUGGAGAGGCUCUGCCGGGGCGAUGGUGGAUGACAGCUCAUGUGGCACAAAAGUCCGCCCGCGGCAUCCAUCCGUCAUUGCGCAAACUCCCUCCGUCCCCAUCAUUCAUUGUCCUCACUGGCCGGCCUGGUCUGCACUCCCGCUCUCGCGAUUCAAAGGCACUCACACACAGAAAACACACACAGACAGACAGACAGUGAGGGGAGCACUCGCUGCCCCCUGUCUCUCUGCACGCAGUACUCACGUGGGUGAGCAUCACUCACCCACAUCCACCGCCCCCCGCCCACCUACCCACACCUAGUAUACUCACCCCCCCCACCCCCCACCCCCCUCCCAUCAACCCUCCGUAUGCUGACGCGUACCGAUAAACGACAGACACCCAUACCCUACACAACAGAGAGUCCCUCUCUCUCUCUCUCCCCGCCCUCCCCGCCCCUGUCGCCCUUCUCUUCAUUGUCAGGCCAUCUUGGUCUCCCGCACUGCACGGUCAAGAAACUCACCUAAGUCUCCCCUCAAAUGCCCGUGGGGCGCUAUCGGCGCAUCGACCUGGCGGCUGCUGGUGAUGGUGCUGCUGACAAGGUCUUGUUGCUGCUGCUGCUGCUGCUGUUGUCCAUCAUCCGUCGUACUCUGCAGCAUCAGCAGCUGCCGCUGCCCGUCGGUCAGCUCAGUCUCCACAGCGUCGAGCUCACUCGAUAACAGCGACGGCAGAUUCUGCAGCCGCUCGCUGACUUGUCUGAUGGAGGGUGCCGGCGCCGGGCCACCCGCCUUGACGUCCACCUUCACGGGUGGCAGCCGCUCUAUCACCACCGGCACGCCCUGCGGCCCCUUACGCUCGGGCGGCAACGCCGCUGCUGGAGGGGGCGAGUCGCCAGACAGAAAGGGCAGCCGCAGCUGACCCAGUAAGGGUAUGGAGGGGCCGGGGGCGGGUGCUGCUGGGGCGGAUUGCUGUGGUUGGGUGGUGGCUGGUGCCUUCAUGGGCGAUGGUUUGAACUCUGUGACGGCCGAGGGCGGGGUCUGUGGCGGUGGUGCGCCGGCGUUGACGCCGUCGGUGGCGAAGUAGAGAGAGGAGGCGAUACCAACUGUCAAACCAACCACAGACAAGCAGGAUACACACAGGAGGGAUGGCUUGUCUCUCACUCCCCCUCUGUCUGUCUGAGUGUGGCUACCUACCUGCCCAUAGCCCAGCAACGAUGAACAUGAGUUUCAUGCCGAUGCCAUUGCCAUUGUUGGCCCCAGCCACAGCCCCCGGUGGCUUGACGGCCACCACACCGCCGGUGCUGGCGCCACCAGUGGUGGUGGCCGCCACCAAACCACCCGGCCCCUCAUCAGUCGUCGUCGUGGCAAGAGCUGUCACAGGUGCCGGUGCAGGCGCCGUAUCGGCAGUGGCUCCGACUGGUGUAGGGGGUGGGAAGCCGGCCGGGGCUGCAGGUGGCGGCGGACCGCCCAUGCCCUCCUGACACACACGCACACACAAACAGACAGACAGACAGGUACAUCCACCGAGUGGCUGAUUGCCUGUGCGUGUGUUGUUUCGCCCGUAGUGUCCACCUCACCACAGGUGUCCUGGGUCCCCUCCUGGCUGCCUUAGUCUGGUCCAGCAGCUGCCUCCCGAUGCUCAGCGCAGCCACCGGGGCCAGGCCUGCCGCCAGCCCCUUGCCGAACCCCUCAGGCACCUCCAGCUCCAGAGCCAGCGCCCUCGUCAGCCCCUCGUCGACAACCUCCUCCUCUGUCUUCUCUUGUCUCUUCUUCUCAGCCAGCUGCACCUCUGGCUGGGGAAACAUGGUCGGCUCAGGCCCAGGCGUCGGCAGCGGCCGCCGUGUGACGGCUUUGGGCUCCAGCCUGUCGGCGAUCUGCGCCACGCGGCCGCGCCAGUCGACCUCUGGGUCGAUCCGCGGAGUGGUCACCACCGGCCGCAGGGAGGGAUCCAGCUGAUACUCGAUCUGCUUGACCGCGUCCUUGAAGUCCCAGUCAUCCUCACCACCGCCUUUGCCUUUCUUGGGCGGCGGCGUGGCCGAGGGCGGGGGCGCCGUGCGGCUGCUGGGGAGCUUGAACGUGUCGAUGCCGAUGCGGAAGUCUUCCUCCAUCGGCUGGUUGUUGGCGUUCAGGUGUGUGUGUGUCGAUGGGCUGCGCUGGAGCGAUGUGACCACUGGGGGAGGUGGGAGAGGGAGGGGUGCGAAGGCCGGCGCCGCUGGGAGGUCUGACUGCAGCGUGGCUGCUGACACGAUUGAGGGGAUGCGGAAGAAGACAAGAGCCGGGAAGAUCACCAUCAUUGCCGUCCUCAUAGCGCUGUGGUCACAGCAGCCACAGCAGCAGCAGGGGAGGGAGGCACCUGACAAGGGACACACACACACACGACCAAUGCAGCACAGCACAGCAUAGCACAGCGUAGCGCAUAUGGGGUCACAGGUGCUCUGGCCAAUGCCGCGCUUUGCGUGAUCUGACUGCGUCGUCUCCCACUCCUCACUCCUCACUUCUUGCCUUGCCUUGCCUUCACACGCAUCAAACGUGACCAGCACAUCCCGCCUCUUCUCACCUUCCUGUGCAGUCGUCAAACCACGGCAAUUCGCCGAGAAAGCCUUGCCUCUCCAGAAGUUCGCUGGCUAAGCUCGCAGGCGGAUCGUCGGAAUUUUCCGCACAAAGAGGGCAGGAGGGAGCAGAGGGGCUUAGAUCUGAGGGUGCUGGAUACUGCUCUGUGAGGAUUUCAAGCUGAUCACCACUUGACGGCUAUCUCACUCUGGGAAGCUUGUGGAUGGCAGAUUGGAGGGAGCUGAGGCGGCGAGGGUGAAGGCACGGCACCUCUGGAACGGUACGUGUGUGGUUUGCUGACUGAUCUCCACCAAGCACACAUCUGCCUAUGUUUGCAUCUAUGCUGCAU